ACAUUCCUCUGCACUUUCGCAGAAGCCAACUGUGCAGAGGGAAACACACUAGAGAGAGAGAGAGAGAGAGAGAGAGCUUCAGAGAAGCACAGAAAGCCUCGAGCAAUCGCCAUCAUCAAUGGAGUCCAUCUGGAAGAUCAGAACCAAGACCAGCAGCAACAGGAAGCCCAGGCUAGAGCGCCUCAACGCCAGAAAGAACAUCAAUUACAAUCCACCCGCAACUCCUCAUUCGCCACCUUCUUCCUCCUCCUCUUCCUCUUCUCUCCACCACCAAACUAGCUUUAGGGUCACCGACGGCGAUUUCGACCUAAUCUUCCAAAGCCUGGGCCUUUCUGGCCCCGAAGAUUUUUCCAUUCCAACUGCAGAUUGGGAAGCCAGGAAGGUUCGCUUUGCUUCUCAUACUUCUAAUGCUGCCGCUGAGCCCAAGGAGGAUCGAAAUUCAGCUGAAGUGAAAUCUGGGGUUUUGCUUGAUUCGGAUUCCCAGCUUAAAAAUGACAACUUUUCGAGACCCGUUGAAGUGGGAGGCUCCAAGUUUGGUGUUUCUUCAGAUGUGAAGGUUUUGGGUGGUAAAAAUGGAGAUGGGGCUGGCGGGGGAGGGAUCAAGGGUGCCAGGCCUCCGCUCUUGAGGCCAAUUGUUGUUGAUGCGGUUGGUUCGAAUUGGGAUUUAAAGAGGUCCUUUGGUCUCCAAGAUAAUUUUGUUGGUGAUUCGCCUUCGUCUUCUGGUGAAAUCGGCGUUGUUGGUAGGGUGAGAAAUGGGGAAAGAAGCAUGCUUUUUACGGAUUCAGGUUCCUUUACUACGUCCCAUGAUGAUGAUAGUGAUAUUGGCGGGGAAAGAGCCUGUUCUGGUUCUGGCGCGGUUGAUGGUUCCUUAAUUGAGUGGUUUAACCGAACUUUCUCGUCGUGGCAAAAAGGUGACAUUUUGGGAAAGGGGUCGUUUGGAACCGUCUAUGAGGGUUUUACAGAUGAUGGAUUCUUUUUUGCGGUGAAGGAGGCAUCUUUGCUGGACGAAGGUAGUAACCAGGGUAAACAGAGCGUAUUCCAACUUCGGCAGGAAAUAUCUCUUUUGAGUCGGUUUCAACACGAGAAUAUAGUUCGAUAUUUUGGCACUCAAGAGGACCAAAGUUCACUUUAUAUCUUCCUUGAACUUGUGCCUAAAGGGUCAUUGUUAAGUCUCUAUCAGAAGUAUAGCUUAAAUGAUUCUCACGUUUCUGCAUACACAAGGCAGAUUUUGCAUGGCUUGAAAUAUCUUCACAAUCAAAAUGUGGUUCACAGGGAUAUCAAGUGUGCCAAUAUCCUGGUUGAUGUAAGCGGGUCAGUCAAGCUUGCGGAUUUUGGGUUGGCAAAGGCAACUAAAUUUAAUGAUGUUAAAUCAAGCAAAGGAUCCCCAUACUGGAUGGCCCCAGAGGUUGUUAACUUGAAGAAUGAUGGGUAUGGACUAGCAGCUGAUAUAUGGAGCUUAGGUUGUACAGUCUUGGAGAUGUUGAUAGGGAAACCUCCUUACUCUGAUUUGGAAGGAAUGCAAGCAUUAUUUCGGAUUGGGAGAGGAGAACCUCCGCCUAUUCCUGAAACAUUGUCCAAGGAUGCCAGGGAUUUUAUCCUUGAGUGCUUACAAGUUAACCCAAGUAAACGGCCAACUGCAGCUCAGUUAUUGGAACAUCCAUUUCUAAGGAGACCAUUUCUUUCUUCCUUUUCCGCUGCGUCGCCACAUAUUAAAACCUUUAAGAGCUUAUAGUUGACAGUAAGGAGGUCAAAUUCAUCCUUCCUUUUCUGUACAGUUGAUCCCUGCCGUGAUACGUACGUCGGGUCUUGACUGGUUAAUAGCAUUGGAGAUGGCUGUUGGAGUUGGACCUCACAGUCCUCAGUUGGUUUGGUUAUAAACUUAUAAGGACUGAAGGGAGGUCAUUUCACCAUCAGGGAGCUUGCAUUUAUUAUCCAGAGUUUCAGAUAUAAAUGUUCGACCUUAUGCUGAACUCAAAGAAGCUGAGAGGCAAUGGAAAUAGCCAUCAUUCAGCUUACAAAUACAUCCAGACUCCAUGCGCCGAAGCGCCUUUUAUGCGGAAUGAGGGUAUAACAAAGUACUGAUGUUGCAAUGGCAAUGGAGUUGGUUCUUUGUUGCAUCUUUGUUGGCAACUUGUGUUGUGGUGAGUGGUGGGGGUUGCUUGUUGCUUAAGGUGUUGCCUCUGCCCUUUGCUCGCUAAUUGCAUGGAAAUUGUUGGGUAAUGAUUAAUGAAGUAUGACUUCCUAAACAUGUAAAUAGGUAAGGUAGUUGCCAACAAAGGUUGUAACAUACUAACAUUGACUUGCGAGUUCUGCAGUACUUUGUUUUAGGAAACUGCAAUGGUCAUUUGCUAACAAUUUUGGUGAAGCUGCAGAGUAAGCUUAUUAUACCUGUAAGCUGUAUGUAUAUGUUCAUGAGUAGUUCAUUAAUAUUGAAAUUUUAUGUGAUCUUCUCGAUUUUCAGAUACUACA